CAGAGGGAACGGCGGUCACCGGUCUCCGCCAUGUUUGUUUGAAUUGCCGUUAUCGCAGUUACACUCAACGCGAAGAAUACAUUCCUCCCGUAAUAAUUUGCAGUUGUUGGGUUAUUAAAUGUGUUUCUGCAGCAUAGGAAAUUGAAGAUACCAAAAUGACAACAGAAGGAUUAGGUACUAACUUGACUAAAGAUUUAGAUGGUUUUAUCGAGCAGCUGAACGACUGCAAACAGCUGCAGGAGAGUGAAGUAAAACGCAUUUGCGACAAGGCCAAAGAAAUUCUCAGCAAAGAAUCCAAUGUACAAGAAGUGAAAUGUCCCGUCACAGUUUGCGGUGAUGUUCAUGGCCAAUUCCAUGAUCUCAUGGAACUCUUCCGUAUAGGAGGACGUUCACCAAACACAAAUUACCUUUUCAUGGGUGACUACGUAGAUAGAGGUUACUAUUCAGUCGAAACUGUCACACUUUUGGUUUGUUUAAAGGUUAGGCAUCCGGAACGAAUAACUAUCUUGAGAGGGAACCACGAAAGCCGGCAAAUCACACAAGUAUACGGCUUCUACGAUGAAUGCCUACGAAAGUAUGGUAAUGCUAAUGUUUGGAAGUACUUCACAGAUCUGUUUGAUUAUUUACCACUAACAGCACUGGUAGAUGGACAGAUCUUUUGUCUACAUGGUGGACUAUCACCUUCAAUCGACACACUAGAUCAUAUCCGUGCUCUUGAUCGUCUUCAAGAAGUACCGCAUGAAGGACCUAUGUGUGAUUUGCUCUGGUCUGAUCCCGAUGAUAGAGGUGGCUGGGGUAUCUCACCACGUGGUGCUGGAUAUACCUUUGGUCAAGACAUCUCGGAGACCUUCAAUCACACCAACGGACUCACGCUCAUCUCCAGGGCUCACCAGCUUGUCAUGGAAGGUUAUAAUUGGUGCCAUGAUAGAAACGUAGUGACCAUCUUCAGUGCCCCUAACUACUGCUACCGAUGCGGCAAUCAAGCAGCGAUCAUGGAAUUGGACGACGGUUUGAAGUAUUCCUUCUUGCAAUUUGACCCUGCUCCUAGAAGAGGCGAGCCACACGUCACACGGCGCACACCGGACUACUUCCUCUAGACUUAAAAAUUCCCUUUCAUCAUCUUAUCCCAAAUAUUGGAUCCAUCUUGCUGGGUAGGGUAGUGGAAAUUAUACCUUACCGCAGGAUCACCAUGGUAUCCAGUUGAAAAUGAUCCUCCAGUUGGAGUUUCAACUUUUCUCAUGAUUUCUUCUUUAUAGCUAUAGAUUGUAAUUUUUCUGCAUGGGGGGGGGUAUUUGUUCAAAAAGUUUUAAUUCUGUAGAAGGAUAUGUUGCAGAAUGUGAACUUCAUGGGUUCAUUAUCAAAUUAGUAUUAAUUUUGAAUGUACCCUACUUUUUGUUUGUUACAUCAGGGUAUGCUUGCUACUCAAAGUAAUGCUGUUAGCUAAAUUUAUCAAUUUCAGUGUACUUAGAAUGGAGUGCAGGACUUCAUCAAUCAUCUAUUUAAUUAUAAUUCAGUAGCCCUAUAACGGCAUAGUCUGACUACCUACAUGAAUUACUUAUUUUGUGUAUUGCAUUGUCACAAUAGAGAAGAAGUCAUGAGAAAAUCAUAAAACCUGAGUGGCACUUACAGUCUCAAGUUUUGGUCCAUUUCUGAAGGAAACCUUACGACUCGUAUCAAAAGGGGGCACUGCCUGACGGUAAAAAUUGUCUCCCUGUUGUGCUACUCUGAAUGAUUGUAGGUCUACUUACCUAGUAUAUGGCCUCUGAUCUUCAAUUUCAGAUUAGAAAUAUUGGCAUGUAAUGUAAAUGGUCGGAUAUUGAAUUCUUUUGACAGAUGAUGACUUCACUCUCACACCGGCUGAUGAAGUGAUUGUUAGUCUACUUGUUAGACCAACCUAAUUACAUAUAUAGGUCAUCAUCUAGCAGAAAUGCAGGUAUUAAGGGGUGUACUGCUUCAGUUGGGGGGGGGUUCACAAAGAUUCACCUGGACAAGAAACAACACUCGACAAUGGCACACCAGUUAAGACCAUUUCUUUAAACUUGAUCAUCUGUCUCUCUAAAAUAAUUUGCAUAUCAUCACGGUUACGCAUCCAAACAAAUUUGUUCCCAUCAACAAUUAACCUUUGGAUAAAUAAUGCUAAUUUUUAGACAUGCGUGACCAUCAAUUUUAUGUUAUGCGUAUUCGUUGAGAAUUACUGAUGAAAGCGAGUGGUGGCCUUCCAUAGUUUAGUGCAAUAGUAGUCAAAACCAGUCUUUGUGAAAGCCCCCCUCCCCCAUACCCAGACCGAUACAGAAACAGUUUUCAUUGGGGCCUUCUUCGGUGGGAUUCCAUGCUCGGCUCACCUCCAUUUACACAAUGGGAGAAUUUAAAAAUAUACUGGUAAAUUAAGGAAUUCAAGACAGAGCCGUGAGGAAUUUAAGAUUGUUAAACGAUAUUCAUGUAUUGUAGAUAUUGGUCUCAGACGAGAAUGGGAAUGCUUUAUGGUCAUGUACAUGUCAUCUCUUCAGAGCUAAAAAGGCAUAAAACCUGCUCAUGCAUGCUCUACUGGCUUUCACCACAUGCAAUCUCCAUUCAUAUUUCUCAUUUGUGGUGGUUAGAGUUUGAGCUGGGCUGCUUUUGACUAGUUUGAACGAUUUUUGCUUUCAAGUAAAUAGAUGUGUAUAAAACGGUAGUUCCAACAUGUUACCAUUAUAGUCUCUUUCCAAGAAAUCAGUCUUGUUUUUAAGAAUCAUCAAAUGGCUGGAACUGGAAGACACAGAUAUGGCCUAUUUGCGGGCAACCGUUCAUUAUUACUCCAAAACAAUUUGUUUAGACAGAUCAUUCCUGUGUGUGUUUUUUUCCUCUCCAUUUUUAAACAUUUUUUUUUUCAUCAGAAUUAGCUAAUACAUCUAUAGAGGAACAUGAUUUGAUGAUGGAUUUUGCAAAAAAUUUAAAUGUAAUACAACAUGUUCUCAUAUCUAUUAUGAUAAAUAUCUUUAUUUAAAUAAAAGAAUGGAUCGUAAUCAAUUACUUGCUUCAUUUGAAAAUGAUAAUAGGUUGUUGAUGAGGCCAAUAAUCUGAUAUGAACAUGUCUGCAAUUUUUUAAUACCAAUCCAUUUUUUUUUUUUAUGAAUGGAAAUUUUGACAAAAGGCCCAGACUAUGUUAUGUGGAUCAUUACAUUAUCUGGAAUCACUCCACAUUGGUACAUGUACUAAUCACAUGAUUUCAUGAGCUAUGUGUUCUCAAUAUUGUGUGUUAACUGUAGCAGUCUAAACUAAGCGUAGAUAAGUACAACAGAAUAGAAGUGAUAAGAAAUCAGACUGCAUUGGUUAUUAUCAAUUUUGAAUCAUCUCUUGGUGAGAAAGUAAACGAACUGGCUAUUCACUACAAACUAUUAAAAUGGAUAUAUUGUUAUCGCGUAUAUUAGAAGCAGCCUGUUGCUGAGGAGAUGUAAUUUAGUGGCUGCGUUUUUAUCUAGCUAUUGAGAAAAACAAGCAAAAGAUGUGUUGCGUCAGAAGAUACUGAAUUGUCUGGCUGCGUUUUAAAUUAUUGAAUUUGUCAUAAAAUGAAAUUGUUUUCUAUGUUGUGUAUAUUGAGAGUUAAUUUGAUAUUUGCUUUUGGAAGAGAGCAAAAGGGGGGAAUGGAAUUGAAUAUUUAAUGUCUUCAUAUACGUCUGUCUUAUUGUAUUGCUAGACAGAGAUGAGCUAUAAUCUUCAAAACAAAUUGGAAUAUGUUUCACCAAGGUGAUGUUGCAAGAUUGGUUUUCGGUCCCAAAAUCUGUUGUUAGAUGCAAUUGUGAUUCACUUCUGGACUGCUCCUUGUAAUGUAGACUAAAAUCAACCUUUUUGACAUGUAGUUUUGAACAACAACCGAAACAAAUUUCUCACAACAUGCUCCAAGAUUGACCGGUAUUGAUAACAACCAUGACAAGCUAUGGUUCCAAUGUUUGCUUUCACCAAACUCUGAAUCAUCAAAAGCACUGAUGUAAUGAACAUUUUUAUGAACAUUUAAAUUCUACAGAUUUAUGCCUGGGGGUGUUGCAAGAAAAUAUUUGCAAUUAAUUGCAAAAACCAGUAGCAAGUUUACAAGUUGUAGAUCAAUUUUAACCGAAACAAAUUAAUUUAUGAUUGUUGAUCAUACAUGAAGCUGACCAGCGAUCAAUUGCAAAUUUACAAUUAAUUGCAGCACUUAUGAUCGAUUUUGCGACCUGAAAUUGACUUUUCUUCGAUUCCACCUAUGUUGUGGAAACAGCUAGUGGCAUGUUUGGCUUGCUAUACUUUAAGACCAAUUUUAGCAACCAAUCCUGCAAAUCUUUUGUGAAACUCCGUUAUUACUUUCCUGGAGAUUAUAUUGUGUAUGUGUGGGUGUACAGUGUACUACUUCUUGACCUAAAAACACUGCGACACAUUUGAUAAAAAUCUAUUCUAGUUUCCUUCCUUAACCCUAACUGUUUUUAAACAACUUUAUUGUUGCUAAGAUUUUGUUAAUGUAAUUAUACCAUCAGCGUCUUUUUGUAUGUGAAACAAUAAAUCUUGUCCAUGAUAGCUAUGUUAUAAAAGAGAGAAUUAAUUCCAUGUAGAUAUUAGUAGCCUGUAACCCAUCGUGUCAGUGCAAAAAUGCCCUUAACAUGACACUUUUUUGCGCAUCACAUGCAUGCGAAAACUCCCCUAGCAGCAUGUGCAAGUGCGUUGCAUAAGGGCAUUUCCGUAAUGAUGCAGUGUACAAAAAUGUUUUGCUGAGGGCGUUCUUUCACCAACACAUUGAACUGUUAGCCUAUUUUCAAAUGAUGUAAGGUAGUUAUCUUUUUGAAGGCUUAGCUUUGAAGGCCCAUUUAGAUGUGUCAUGAAAUCCUUGUUCUUCUCCAUCAGACCAUACCAUGUCAUGUCUAUAUGAUCCUGGCAACAUGGCAAUUAUUUCCUGUGUCUGAAAGGAGACCUGUGUUAUGGUGUAUGCCUGGUUGGUCUACACGGCUGUACACAACUUUUUACCAUCCUGUUUACCAAAGUCAAUAAUAUUCAAUGUUUGAAGCAAGAUUUAUAUGUAUUAAGUGUAUAGCACCAAUGUUGACUUUUCCUCUUUUUUUUGUUCAAAAAUAGAUGGUAUUCAGUUUUAGUUCCUCCAUUUUAAUUAUUUUUUAUUUGAAUUUAGCCAAGAAUUAUUGAUCUGGAAAUUCUGUUGGAACUUUUGUUUACACUGGAAAGUGAAUAAUCCAGCCAAUUUUCGAUGUCAUUAAAUUUUCUAUGUUGCAGUUGAUGUAUUGAGCACCAUCUUGUGAAGAGGUCCGUUCUCAUCAGCAUCGCCAAACGUUUUAAAGCAUUGUUCAUUCAGGAGAUUAUUGUGUAGAUGUUGGUCUAGUACGGUAAAGAUUUAUUUUUGUAAUGUGAACAGUGACAUUGCAUUAUACCCAUACAUCUAUAUUCAGUGUAAUUUCUUACCAUUUUAUAAACAUAAUUUGUACCACUCCCUUUCUAUGUAAUAUAUCCCGUGACCUGAAUUUACACAUUGAAGUUAAAAAAACUAAAAGCUUUUAUUUUGUAUUCUUUUGAGAUAAUGCUACAUGUUGAAAUCUGGCUAUUUCAUCUGUGGCACAAAAAAUGACUAAGGUACCUCACCAAAAGCCUUUGUAAUGUCUUUUAUUAAAAAUUCUUCACAGCAUCUUUCCAAUUGGUAUUGCCGUUUGACGCCAAAAUGUUUCUUGUUGGAUUCUUGAAGGGUAGACACUGCACUGACUCUUGAUGAGAUACCUCAAUUACAUAAAUCACUUCUUUGCACAUAGAGAAAUGAAAUAUAUGAACUUCAUCAAGAAAAAAAAACAUUGAUAAUCACUUGAUAUCUCCCUUACAUUUAAAAGGCCCAUAUUCUGCAAAUCAAGCUUUAAAAAUGGUUCAGGGUACAUUUUUAAAGGUGAUAGCCUGCUUGAGAGUCUCUUGUACCCAUCUCUCUUGCCAUCUUGGCCAUGCUUCUCCCUUUAGCUGCUUCAAUCAAAGUGAAAGUCCUUGAGUAUCUGUGAGUAAUAGAGAGAAUCACUCUCAAACCUUAUAACCCAUGGAAACUAGUGUUAAUUCUAGAACACACAUCUCUAUAUGGGUUGUUCAUAUGGUCCCAGGGGUGUUUUGUGACGGUUUUCAGUAGCUUAUAAAAAAUAAUAACAGAAAAUAACUUUGUUUUAUGAAAUGAUUCUGGGUUGUAUUGUUUUGUGAAACUGGUCUCGGACAAACAUCCUUGGUUGACCAGGGGCCUGGUUUCAUAAAGGGAUGCAGCUAUAGUAACUUUGCCAUGAUGAGAACUACCAUGGUAACACGGCUCAACCUGCAAUCACAAUCAAAGUUUCCAUGGUAGUAAUAAUAAUGGCAAAGUUGGCAUAGUUGGAAGCCUUUCUUGGGCCCCAGAGCCUUGUUGUAGAAAGGAUAAAAUUAUGGCAACUCAAUUAUUCAGUGGUGAUUACAUGAAAUCCUCAGUUUUAUUUGGCAGUUGAUAAUUGUUGCCAUGGUAGUUACCAUAGGAUUGUAAAGUUAUUGAUUUGCGCCCCUGAACAUCCAUCAAACUCUGGUUUUCAUCUUGCAGAAUAUGGGCCUAUAUAUUUAAUCUGGAAUUAAGAUAUUGGUCCUCAUGUAAUGCUGACUGUACAGCCCCAUUAAUGCGUUAUUGUUCAUGUUAUACUACAACAUAUCUUUUUUUUAAUUUGAUAAAGAUAAAUUGCAGGGAAAUGUAGCCCUCUUGUAAUCUUUGUUCCUUGUCUAAUGAAAAAAAAGCUUUAUAUCUGGUUUAAACUGAGAAGAAAAUUGUUAAAUGUGUUUCAAAAUAAUAAAAAAAAGCAAUGCUAUGAGUGUGACACUA